GCAAUCUGUUAAAAGACAAAAUAAGAUUAAAAAAAAGGGAUGUAAUAAACAGUGCAAUAUAUAUUAAAAAAAAGACCAAAAAUCCAAAACAUUCGUCCCAUUUCUGAGUACAGGCAAACAAAUAAAUGCUUACAAAAAACAGAAUCUUACGGGAAAAAGAAACGACAUCUUAAAAAAAAGUAAAUCAUUAUUGCAAAAUAUAGACGUAUAUAACCAAAACAGAAAGAAAAAAAAAGAAGAUAUUAUAAAAAUUAAAAGGAACAUCUAUAAACAAUGAUGAUAGUAAAAAAAACCAGACCCGUAGAUCAAAAUAAGAAGUUAUAACCCAGCUUCAUAGGUUAAAACUUAAAAUAGAAAGAUAUCCUCUCUCCGAAAAAUCUUCCACAUAACACAUAGUUCAAGUUGCAGUAGAAGAUCGAAAUUCUUCAGCAAAUUUCUUCGCUUCUUCCGGAGUGUUAAAAAUUUGCUGACUGUUGUCGUUCAGCGUAAUUCUAAGCUUCGCUGGAUACAUUAAAGCUUGUUUAAGUCCAAUCGAGUAAAUCUCUGCCAUCACUGGUUUAAAAGCGAUUCUGGCUCUCAUAACCUCAUAAGAAUAAUCCUCAACAAUUCAAAAUUUGAAGUUAUUGUAGGAAAUCAUACCUUUUUUACGAGCUAAUCGAAUUAAAAGCUGGUGGAUUUUCAAGAUGGCGACGUAAACAUCUGCCUUUUAGGCGCUCUUCACUUUUUUAACUAUAAUCACCCUUUAAUCAAAUCUUUUCGAAUUUAAUCAAAUGAGUUGAUAUUUUCGAUUGACUUUUUUUUCCCUAAAACUAUAUUUGAUCUAACUUUGUCGAACUUAAAAUGGCUACAAGUAAGAAAUCGUCUAAGGAGCCUUUAUCUAUCGAUGCAAUUUCUAAUCUUCUGGACACUAAACUUGCAAGUUUGGAAAGCAAGAUGGAAAGUAAAAUGGCAAGUUUGGAAAGUAAAAUGGCAAGUUUGGAAAACAAGCUUACCACGAAAAUGUCUGAACUUGAAGGAGUUGUUAGAUCGCUUGAUACUAAGCUUCAGUCGCAGGCAUUGGAUAUUCAGCGGCAUGAAGAUAAGUUGGAGACUCUUGAAAAAUUAAUUGUUGAAAAAGUACGUACAAUUGAAGUGUUGGAUAAGAAGGUACAAUCGACUCUUAAAACUGUAGAUCAGUACAAGUUUAAAAUUACUGAUCUCGAAAAUCGAUCUCGCAGACAGAAUUUGCGAAUUAUCGGGUUUCCCGAAAGAGUUGAGUCCGGUGAUUUAACUGAAUUUUUCUCUAAAUUACUGUGGGAAAUUUUCGGUGAUGAAGGUUUGCAAACUAAACCUGUUAUUGACCGUGCUCACAGAGUUGCGAGGUUUUCGUCUACGACUGAUAAACCACGAGCGGUGAUUGUUCGCCUUCAUUAUCCUCGUGAGAAAGAGCUUUUAAUUCGAUUAGCUCAUAAAAAAGGUAUGAUUUCUUACCAAGUCAGGUCCUACAACCAACUUGCUUUUGUGAAUGGCUUGCAAGGUAACUAUAUAGAAGCGAUUCAUAACUUGGAGGAAGCUGAGAAGAUUCUGAGAGAGAACUACAAAGUUGAUUUUGAAAGAAGAAGCAUCAUCACCUAUGGAAACUUUGCCUGGGUGCAUUACCACAUGGGACAUCUGACAGAGGCCCAGUCCUAUCUCAACAAGUUGGAGAUGAUCUGUAAACCGCUCAGUGAUGGCCCUCCCUACUCAGCAAUGAUACCCGAGGUGUACGGGGAGAAGGGAUGGUCAUUGCUGAGGUCUGCUGCUGAAUACUAUGAGGAGGCAAAGGAAUGUUUUGGGAAGGGUCUGGAAGAAGAUCCUGAUAAUGAGCAAUGGAGCAUGGGAUAUGCCACUGUACUGUUUCAGUUGGAAGCAAUUUCUGGAACCAAAGAGAAUCGUGAACGGAGACGGUCUGUACUGCAUUUGCGUCGUGUACUGGAAUUUGAUCCAGAUAACUCCGUGGCUAUGGUUCUGUUGGCGCUAAAACUGCAAGAGUUCAAGCAAAAAAUUGAAGCCAAUAAAUUAGUUGAACAAGCAUUGCAGAAAACAACUGAUUUUCCAAAAGUUCUUCGAUAUGCUGCAAAAUUUUACCGAAAAGAGCAAGCUGUGGAAAAAGCAAUUGAGUUGUUGAAGAAAGCUUUAGGAAUCUCUCCACAUGCUAGCAUCUUGCAUGACCAACUAGGUACGUGUUACAAAACCAAAUUGCUUGAACUGCUCAGCAAUCCAUUAUGUGAUGAUCCCCAAACUCCAGAAUUUCAACAAAAAACUGAGUUGCUUAGUCAAUGCAAAUAUCACUUUGCAAAGGCAUCUGAACACCGUCCAAGGUCAAGUAUUAAGUCACAACUGGAUUUAGCAGACACCUGUGCAAAAAUGGAUGAAUAUUCUAAGGCAAAGAAGAUCUACAGUGAUCUCCAGAAACUAGAAAAUAUUCAUCCAGAAAAUAUGCAGAAGAUAUGUUUAUAUGCUGGGAAAUUUGAACUGCACUGCAGAAAAUCUGAAUCUGAUGCCAUCAGACCAUUCCUGAAAGGACUGGAAAUUGAAAAUGACACGAAGGAACGCAAGCUAUGUCAUAUGAAUUUGGAGAGGUGGGCAGACAGGCAACUUUGCAAGGAGCCAACUAAUAGUAAGGCCCUUGGAAUCAAAGGGUUACUGUAUCAGCUGAAUGGGAACAGGGCUCAAGCGAUUGAAUAUUUUGAGAAGGCCUUGGAGUAUGACCAUGAUAAUGAGGAAUAUCUGAGUGCUCUUUGUGAACUACGUCUUUCCAUCAAGGGAAAAAUUGAUGCUUGAAAGAAACAAUGAUUUUUUUUCUAAAUUGAGGAACAAUAAUAUAUUCUGCCUGCUUCAGCGUUAAAUGGGAAAUUUGCUCUGAAGUGUGUAAUUUUCAGACAAUAGAUUUAUUGCAUUCUUUAUCUUGUGCCUUCAUGAAUAGUAACACCAGAAGUACACUGAAAAAUAGCAUCUAUAGACCAUUAUAUGAGGACGGAAUCAAAGAUGGAUCUGUGGAAAUUAGACCAACAGGAGCCAAAAGGCAAAAAAACUCUAUGGGAAUCCUGUCAUGUUCUUUCUAGAUCUCCAAUGUCAAUUAAUCAUCAGUUACGUUUACUUUUAAUUUAUUACUUGCAUUGUGCUAAAUAGAUGUGACUUUUGCAGAAUGAUUUUUGGAACAUGACAUAAUUCUCAAGACCAUUUCAACCCACCCUCUCCCCCUCCCCCGCCCAGUGGACAUGGAUAGGAAUUACCCUCAUUGCCUCAAGCACAUCAACAUUAAAUUCUUAGUAACAUGGCUGACAACACCCAAGAAAGUCAAACUAGUGGGAUUUUAAAUGAUGAUAUGGGCUAAAGAGGGAAUGGAGGUAUCUACCGGAGGCUGAAUUCCUCACAGACAGAGACAAUAUGUCUUGGGUCUCUGAUUCAAUGAGUUCAUAAAAGCACCCUAGGUGUAAAACAGAUGAUGUAAGGGUCAAGCACUUGACUGGCCCACUCUUGUUGGAGCAUUCAUAUCUGAUGAAGUAAACUGAAUGCAUGAUGACAGCUUGGUACUCAUACGGAUACCGCAGUUUAAAUGAGGAUAUGGAUUAAUAUAGAACUGGACUUGACAUGAUCCCCAGAUCUCUGGCUCCUUCUGGCCCCCGAUGCAAGCCUAGGUUAUGUAUUCCUGGACUAGAGUAAAGCAGCUGGGUCUCAGAUACACAGUGGAAGAGUUAUUGGAUUUGAAGUCUGAUCUGCAGCUGUAGUUUCCACAGCUCCUCCAGAUCAUUAUGCACUUCCAACUGCUGGUUCAUACCAGCUGUUUCACAGAUAGAUGUGGAUCUCCUUAAAGAUUUUGUUUCUUAACUGUCGAUGUAAGACCACCUGCCUAGUAGCUCCAUUGUCUUCCCAUGAGAGCAUGCUAAUACUCCCCUUGGCCCUGAUCGUUUAUCCUCUUUCUUCAUAUAUUCUGCACCUUCUAUCUGGUGAUAUCCUUCUUGAUCCUCCAACUUUUUUUAACUACACACAGUGCAGGAAGAAAUGAUGACACAUAAAUAAAGAUAGUGAUUUGAAAUACUUGCAUUCAAUAUUUAGAAUUCUGGCUGAAUUUCCAAAUCGACACGUGAAUCAACCACUUGGUGCCUACUUAAAACAAGGCUUACAUAAUGCUUAUUAUAGAUUUUUUAAAUCUCUUCCAUAACAGAGAAGCAACUUCUAUAACUUUGUCCAAUUGAUUGUAAAAAUUUUAAUAUCCCAUCUGUAGCAGUUACUCCCUUCUCAUCUAAAUCCAAAAUUAUUUGAACAUAAAUCUGUAAUGCUACUGAUAAUUAUACUUCACUGAAAGCAAAAAUGGCCAGAUGAUUAGCAUAGCAUAGUAUAUAGCCUAUUUUCCCUUAGAUACUCACUAAUGUGCCCCAAAGGUUUACCUCACCAAUCAAGCCCCCAGCACUUUCUGUGUGUGGCAUCCAAUCCCCAUAGAGUCUUUUUUCCUCUCUCUCUCUCUCUCUCUCUCUCUCUCUCUCUCUCUCUCUUUCUCCUCCCCCUCCUCCCCCCCCCCCCUCCAUAUUGGUUGGAGUGGUCCUAAACAUGGGGCAAAAAUCCUUCAUGUUUUUCUUUCCUUUCUGGAGAUCCCUUUAUACAAUUGCCUUGCUCUUCAUAGUCCAUGACACGAUAAGGACAAUAAACUCAAGCAUACAUCUAAAUUUCCACUGUCCAAUUACAGAUGUGUCACACAGCUCCCUUUAGCAUAUAUUGAAGCAGUAACAGUGCAUCUGCCAUUGUAGAAGACUAGCUCAGUACUAGUAACACACACAAAAUGCUGGAGAAACUCAGCUGGUCAGGCAGCAUCUGUUGAAAUUAAUAAACAAUCACACAAAGAACAUAACAUCGUUCCGGACCCAUUCUCAGCACACUAGCUGUGAGGUAUUCAGCCUCAGCUAGAUACCUUCAUCCCCUCUUUACUCAUACUAACAGAAAUAAAAACAUGCUAGAAUCUUACUUAGAUCCUCUGUCUCUGUGCCUGCCCAAGCCUGUUGAGCCAAAGCCUGACUACUCUAACGCUGACCCACUCGGGUUUAAGAUGGAGCUACUGAAGGCAUGCAACAACGCACUGGUCAUUUGAAAGGCAAGAAAUUCGACUAUAAACAUUACUUAUAACACUUUUGAAAAAAGUAAAUUGUGGUAAACUAUCACCACAAACAAUAAUGAGGCGAGUGAAGGUGAAGCAAAUUUGAGAGAUGAUCAACACUGGUGUGCUGCAAAGUCAAUGCAGGUGGAGCUGGAGUGAGCAAAUCAGAGGCAGAGGAGUUCUGAUGCCCGUCCAACAAACCCAGGUGCAAGCUUCAAUGGCUCUAAAUGCCGAGUCGAUUUGGUGAGGUUGAGAAUGGCUUCUUCGACAGUGAAAUCUAGGCCCAAAGUGAAUUGUUGUGGCUUGGCGGCCCAGUGAUUUGCCAUAGCAGAGCCCAGGUCCUAAUGCAAGGUACAAGCUGCUGUUUGGACAAUUUUAAUAUCGGCCCAGAUAAACUGGGAAGAAGGGGUUUCAUGAGUUGGGUUGAUUUCACUCGCUCUUUCCAUGACGCUGAAGCUGUGAGACUGCCCCCUGGCUGCUGUGCUUUGCGGCUAGUUGCCCCACUAACAUGAUGAACUGAUACCAAAGCCUUGGGCCUACUUUGGGCUGCUCUAGGGAUUUGGAUCUGAGGACUCAAUUUGGUUCGGAAUGCUGUUGCUCAGUUCAUUUGUUUGCAUGAUUUGUGUUUUUCUUUCCUCUUUCUUUGCGAAUUGGGGAGUGAUCUUUAUUUUUUUUUAUUGGGGUUUUUUGGGUUUUCAGUUUCGCAGCUGCCUGUAAGUAGACAAAGCUCAAGGAUGUAUAAUUUGUACAUUCUUUGAUAAUAAAUGUACUUUGAAGCAUAAAUAGGAUUAAUCAUAAGAUUAAUUUUAGUUUCUUUUUUGGUAUUUUUUUCCCAUUACGGAGCUCCGGAGCAUGCAUAUUUUGUGUAUGGUUGUACUUAUCACUGCCGGUUUUGGUUAACCUGCACUGGUAUGCGUUUAUUUAUAUAUUAAGUAAAAUUUAAAAAAUUUUGAUGGCAAUUAAACAGAUAAAUGUUAUAAGUUGGAACAUACAUGGUUGGAAUCAUCCUAUUAAGAGAAGAAAGACUUUUAAAAUUAUUAAUCGAUUCCAACCCAAUAUAAUUUUUGUUCAAGGAACACAUAUCAAAAUGGGCAAUCAAAAUAGAUUUUUAAAAAUGUUAAAGGGCCUUCAAUUUCACGCUACUUGCCAAAAUAAAACAAAGGGAGUAUCUAUUUUUAUUAAAUCUAAUAUUUCUUUUAUCCAAGAAGAUAUUGUGUCAGAUAUUAAUGGUAGAUUUUUAAUUGUAAAGGAACAAUUUGUAAUAGAAAAAUUGUUCUGGUUAACCUAUAUGGAACUACUAUAGAUGAUCCUUUUUUAAAAAUGUAUUUGCUUUAUUGCUGGACUUAAAUAAUUAUAUGUUGUUAAUGGGUGAUGAUUUUUAACUUGUUUAAAUCCUUUGAUUGACAAGAUUUCAACCAAUCAGUGGCUUCCGAGUUGUUCUGCAUCACUUAUUAACUAUUUUCUAAUUGAUCUUGGCCUGGUUGAAAUUUGCAGACAUUUACAUCCUAAUGAUAGAGAUUAUUCUUUUUUGCACACGUUCACAAAAAAUAUUCAAGAAUCGAUUACUUUAUAGUUGAUCAUCGACUUUUGGCCAAAGUCCAGAAAUGUGAAUAUGAUGCUAUAGCUCUUUCGGAUCAUGCACUUUUAACUUUAGCUUUUGAAUUGAAUGAUGUCGUUAUUGCAAAUUUGCCCUGGCAUUUUCCAGAACAUUUAUUACAAAGUCCACACUUUGUCAAAUUUAUUGAGACUCAUAUAAAUGAUUUUUUUUUCUUUUUAACAACACGGGAGAUGUAUUGAAACUGAUUAUUUGGGACACAUUUAAAGCAUAUUUGCACAGUCAGAUAAUUUCCUAUUCAGCUAAGCUUAAGAAACAGACAAAAGCAGAGUUAGAAAAGAUUUCUAAACAAAUUAAAGACUUGCAUAAUAUUUAUGCAAUCUCUUCUAAUAUUGAUUUAUUUAAACAAAUAGUUG